AUGCCGCGAUCGAUGCAGGAUGGUUUAGGGUGGCAGCAGACACCAUCCUAUUUGCUGCCAUUAUGGACGCGGGACCCUUUAACCGGCGCGAUUGAGAACGUAUCCCGCCAACAGCUGAAGACGCCCCCUGGGGAUCCCUGCACCGUCACCUUUCACGCAGAAGGUCUCUUUAAUAAGGUUUACCUGGUUCAUACCGCCGGACGCUCCUUUAUCAUGCGUGUCACCCUACCUGUCUACCCUUGCCACAAAACGCGCGCCGAAAUCGGCUUCGAAUGGAUCUUGAUGGAGUAUAUGGAGGGCACGCCGGCGCGGAAACGAUGGCGCACUAUGUCGAUGGAGCAAAAGGUCGCGCUCACGAAGCGAUUUGCAUCAUUCCAGUUCGAGUUGUCAGGUCUCGAGAAGCAGGAAUCCGCAUUCACAAGGAUACGGACGCUGGAGUCGCCGGAAAUAGACCUUCAAGUCGACUCCAAGGUCCACGAAGCCGCGGCCGCGCCUGGACGCCUGGUGUCACAAGAGUUCUUCAUGGGCGAUCGUCUUAGAUACGACAUUCCACGCGGACCCUUUCGAUCGAGCCAUGACUGGCUAAGGACCCUGUUGACUAUUAUCAUACGGCAUCAAACCUUGAUUCUAGAGAAGUCUGAGGAUGAAGAUGACAUGGAAGAAGCCGAAGGUAUCCUGCCAGUAGCUCAGACUCUCCUGACUCUUCUUCCCCAGAUUUUCCCUCCCGACUUGACCAGCUGGGAGUCGUCAGCUCUCUAUCACCAUGACCUCAAUCUGAACAACAUUCUACUUAACGAACAAGGUGAAGUUAUAGCUGUGCUCGAUUGGGAAUGCGUUUCGGCACUGCCACUCUGGAUGCUAAGUAGAGUGCCAACGUUCCUUGACGACCAACCGCGGGAAGAGGAGCCACAGCGGAACUCAUAUAUGGACAAGACACCGGAGGAGGCUGCCGCAGAAGCGAAGAAGCGCAACGACCCAGAUGACCUGGAUAACGAGGGCAAGAACCAACUCUACUGGAUUCACAAGAUGGAGUAUGAGAAGACCCAGCUACGGAAGGUCUGUAAAGCCAAAAUGAUGGAAUUGUGUCCGGAAUGGGCCGAGGAAAGCCCAUUAAAGAACGACUUCUACGAAGCAGUCUCGCAAUGCGAUGGAUUAUGGUGGAGGAAGGCACGCGGAUGGGCCGAAUGUAUGGAGAAGGGCGAGUCUGUACGCUUCAAGGACCUCUAGAUAAUAAGGGGUCACGGUCGCAUCUCGUGAUUCCCAAGAAGUGUGCGAGUUGGACGGCAGCCAGGGAACUGAUCGAUUCAAACGCGACGUGGUAUUAUGGGAAGAGGAAAAUCAAGGCACGGGUCAAUAGGUAAUCAUCCAUUGCAGCCCUACCACUGCAGUGUCAGGGAAGAGACAUGCAGGCCAAUGGACUCGAGGAGUCGAGGGACCUUUGCGUGUCUGCGUCGCGACGGCCCUUUGCAUGCAGGCCGUUUGAGUCUUAGCGUCCAACUUAGCCAUCCUCCAUAAGCCAUAAAAUGUUGCCGCCCCUUGAUGGUGAUGGCGAAAUGGAAAUCGACAUCAUACCUAAUUAUAGUGGGAGCGGUGGCAAAGCCUCAAG